AUGCGGCGCCUCAAGGGCAGGCACAGAUUGGCAAUCCGUCAGCGUUGCCGCCAGGUCCUCCUGCCGACGCCACAGGGCUUUCGAGUCAUUGGUGGUGUUGAGAGGAACCGCGCCGGCUCAAGAUUUCUAACCAGCGAGCAUCUGUUCCGGCGAGUGUGAGACAGGUGUGCUAUGAUCUUGGCUGUCCUUAAUUGAGGAUCGAUAAGCGCGCCUUUCAAGCGAUGCAGGAGGCUGGGGAAUGUUUUCUCAACAGAGAGUUCAAAUGUGAGAUAGUCUCGACCUGAUAUGCAGUAAUCAAUGUCAUAAUCUGAUCUGAUGAUGAUAGUGGCCGAGUCUGCCAAAAAGCACGGUCAUCUGGAGGUUGAGGUGGAAGAUAUGCGGUUUGCAAGGAUGGCAAGACAAUUGUUCAUUUAAACAAUCAGGCAGCACAGGCUCGAGUCAUAGGCCUGUCAUACUGAAUUGCUGGGAUUCUUUCUCACGAUGGAC